UCAAACAGGGAGGGAGCAGGAGCACACGGCCAUGUCUGAGGAACACGGAGACAACAUGCUGUUUAACUAUUUACUAUUAAGAAGUUGUGUGUAGGACAGGUCACACAGUGGGGGGGGGGGUGCAGCUGUAGUAGGGGUCUUGGUGUGUCGAGUAAAUUCUGAGUGAAGAUGCAGGUCACUGCAUGUCUCCUGUGGGUGUCCUGGUUCUUCACCUGGGCAGAGUACUCACACAGGUGCAUGGGCCUGGACAUUUGUGCAUCAUUACCAGGACUGGAUAAGAGGUCAAAGGGCCGAGUCAAGGAGCAUGUGCGUCACAGAGUUGGACAGCAGCACACGCCUCACAGGAGGGGGCCGCACAGGAGGAAAGGUUCCAGAGUCUGUGCAGAGGAGACCCCGCCCCGCAUCGUCCACCAACCCUCUGAUGUGGUGGUGAAAGUGGGGAAUCCUGCCAGGCUCUCCUGCGGAGCGGAGGGCGGCCCAUCCAUGACCAUCCAGUGGCUGAGGAAUGGACAGCCCUUAGAGACGUUCAGUGGCGAUCGUGAACGUCUGCCCAUAGUUCUCCCGGAGGGGAGCCUUUUCUUUUUGAGUGUAGAGAAAGGAAGGCGCGGUCAGUCGCAGGAAGGCGUCUACACCUGUGUGGCCAGUAACAGCGCAGGCACGGCCGUCAGUCGUAACGCAUCACUCUACAUCGCCAGUUUGCAGGAGGAGUUCUCAGUGCAGCCCAGAGACGUGGAGGUGGCAGAGGGGGAGGUGGCUAUCUUAAGCUGCGGCCCUCCACUGGGACGCCCUGAACCUAAUGUCGUCUGGAAGAAGGAUGGUUUUCCCAUCCACAGCUUGGAUCAAGAUUACACUGUGCUGAGUGGGAAGCUUAUCAUCGCUCCAGCUCAGAAGUAUGACUCUGGUGUUUAUGUGUGUGUGGCGAGCAACAUAGCAGGCGUGAGAAAGAGCAGGGCGGCUCGGCUGACUGUACUAGCCAGUCCCGGGUUGGUGCUGAAGCCAGAAAAUGUGUCUGUGAAGACGGGAGAGUCCGCCCAGUUCUUCUGCCAGGCUAAAGGUGACCCCCCACCUGCUGUGGUGUGGAACAGAGAGCAGGGGCCUCUGCCUAAUGGAAGGUAUCUUGUAAACCCAGACCAGACUCUGCAGAUCCAUUACGUUACCUCUCAGGAUGCUGGGAAGUACACCUGCACUGCUGCCAAUGAUGUAGGUGUGGCCACUGCCAGUGCAUAUCUGAUAGUUGAAGAGCCGGCCAGUACUGUACAGAAAGACCUCCACAAAGAGCUGUCUGCCCUGCGAGUUGCUCUGGAAAACGUCACCAUCAUGGCCCCUGGGUCCAAUGUUUCUCAAGUGCAAUGGAAGCUGCAGUCCCUCCCAGCCCAAACUCAUUACCUCGAUGGCUUUGAGGUUCUGUAUCGCUCUCUGCUGCCCGCCAGCUCAGACUGGGCAGCGAAGAAGGUGACUGUGCCCUGCUCUCAGACUCAGGUGGGCCCCUUAAAGAGAGGCUUCAAAUACGAGUUCAAAGUUCGUCCCUAUGGCGGUAACCUUUACGGUAGGGAGAGCAACACUCGGCACUUCAGAGUGCCUGAAACAGUGCCCAGCGCCUCUCCACUGGCAGUUUCCAUCACAGUGAGCCAUGAUCAGAAUAACACCAUCCAUCUGAGCUGGGAGCCUCCUCCUCAUGAAACACACAACGGUAUCAUACAGGGAUACCAGGUGUGGUGUGUGGAGUCUGACGAGCAGGUGUACCAGAACUGGACCGUGAACAGCGGCCAGCACAGCCUGGAAAUCUCUACUCUCACACCAGGAAAGCGAUACUGGAUCACCAUUGCAGCCGUUAAUGGAGCAGGAGUCGGAGCUCUGAGUGACCCGCAUGGAUUUGUCAUCAACCCACAAACGAGCAGCCCCCCUGAUUCAGACAAUAAAAGUCAGGAUCUGUAUCAGGCACUGCUUCAGGACCCCGUGUUCAUUGGCAGUGUUGGCGCCCUCUUGUGUUGUGGUUUGAUGGUCGCAGCCGUCUGCCUCUGCAAACGCCACAGCAGGACCGGCCGCCUGAUACCAGGACAUCAUCACAGGUCUAAAGGUUUGCAGAGACUUGCCAGUGAAGAUCUCAUCAUCAAACACAGGAUGGCGGCUCCAGACUCCCCCUGGAUCUCUGGAGGAUGGAGACCUGCGUUCAACCAGAAGUAUCAGGACCUGUGGGCCCAGGGUCAGAAACAUCCCGGCCUCAGAAAUACCAGUCUGCCAGUCUCAUCCAGGAAGGACCCCUGCUGCCUGGACUCAGCCGUCCCCAUUGUGACGGACAGCUGCGGGGUCUACGGCACCUUCUACGUGGACCUGAUGGGAAACGGCCUGAAGACCUUCAGCAGUCCAAAGCGCUGCCCCAAAAUGCCUCAUGGUCUGCUCCAUCAGCAAGGCACUGAGACCAUCCAGAUAUUCACUCAGCCUGUUUCAAAGAGCUCGUCCCUGGAUAGCCAAGAGGCAUUACCAUGGAAACAGGGCAUACGCCCCCAGCCCAAGAUGGGUGUACUGAGGGAGAAAAACCACACUAAGCAAGAGUUGCAUGCAGUGAACAGCGUCCCCAUUGUGCCAACCAGGAAGCAGGCGUGUCCCCCGAGUGUCUACAAACAGAGACUCAGUCAUGUACCAUCAGGCAGACAUGGUGGACAUCCAGAGAGUAGUAAAGUGGCUUGCUGUCCUCGCCUGCUGCAUUACUCUGCCUCUUUACACCUCGUGGACAUGCUGCCCCCACCACCACCUCCACCCAUAGACGACAUCACAGACACACACAGUCUCACCUCAGACGAAGGUUCCAGUCGUUCUACAAAGCUGACAGUGGACAUGGGCUCUCUGCAGUCACUGUGCGCUGCAUCAGGUCAGCGUGGGCAACCAGGACAAACCAACAACAACAACAACAACAACAGCCAUCCCUCGUACAGCCACCUGUCUACUGCAUCAUACUGCAGGUCAAUGGAUGACGGACAUGGCGGCACACUGACAGCUGAGGAGGCCUGUCAGUAUCUGGAGCUCAGCCCCAAACCUGAGAGAUGCAGCAUCCUGCCUGAUCCGCGUCCCACCCUGUCCCAGCCCUUUUCCUCCACCCUGGGCUUCAUCUGCGGGCCGGUCCGUUCCCCUCAGUUAGAGUCUGACCCGGUCAACGAUGAGCAUGAGGCCCCACCGAUCGGCCUGCGACGGGCCCGCCUCCAGAGCACACCUUCCUCCUGCUACAGUGAGUGGGACAGCUCCCUGUGGAACACCUGGAGCUCGGUCAUGGACGGAAACAUGGCCAGCGCCCGCACCAGCCUCAUCAGCUCUGUGGACAGCUGCUACACUAACGACAGCACCAAUUUUGCCCACAUGCUGGCUGUGGCAGCCGAGAGUAUGAGUGGAGCCUCUUUGUCAGACUUCUCUCCGCCGGCCUCCCCGCUCAGCGCCUUGUACCCGUCGUUCAGAGGAGACGGAGACUCGUUCGGGGAGCUGGAGCCGGUUCCUGCGUGGGACUGGAGCAUGGCCUGGAUGGAGGAGAUGGAGGCUCAGUACAGAGCGAACUAUCCUGGAAGGAGCGGCAGACCCUUUGACACUUAGAGACAACGGCAGAAGAGUAAAAAAAAAAAUCAAAGCAACUGAAUCAUGUGGACUUCAGAAACACCUCAUAGCCACGUCAAACUGCAAGAAAAAAAAGGAGACAUGAAACUGACAAAUUUCAUUUUUGGACGUGCUGGAAAUGGUUUUAGAGUCUGAAUAUGAAGGGUUUGACAUGUGGCGUUUUCCCAUUGAAGAAUAGGUAAUUGGAGCCAACUUUUGAUUGGGUGUCUCAUCUCUGCACGUUUUUUUUUCCUGUUGAAAUGUUUCCAGUUUACCUCACAGCAGUUCCGGCUACUAUUUUGCAAAUGGCGUCCAUCAAAAGUUUUUUUUCCCCUCACUCUGUAUCCUCUCCUCUCAUUAGAGAGGAGGAUAAUGAGAUACUUCCCGUGGGAUGUUCUCACCCUGCCUGUUUUUUUUGAAAAGGCCAGAAAGACACACAAGACAGGAUGCGAGACAGUGAGAAAGCAGUCAUUAGGCAGAAACAAAAAAAAAAAAAAAAACGUGCUGGAGAUUUUCCUCUCUGCACACAUUUGUUUCUCGUUAUCGUAGAUCUUUAGCAGUGAUUUUUAUUACGGCUGAAAAUCUACAAAACAGUGAUUUCUUUUUACAGUUUUUCACUCAUCAAGUGUAAAUAUAUAUAUUCAGCAGAUUCAACAAAUGUUAUUUAAAGAAUUUUAAACACAUUCCAAAUGAUUUACUGUCAUACUUUCUCCUGGAGAUUUAUUUUAUAUUUUAAGAAUGUUUUUGUCUUUGAUCACCUCGUUGACUUUUUUAAUGUUUUCAAUGUUUGCAUUAGACGACACUUGAUGUAGUUCAGAGCAGGGAGUUGCACGACUUCAGAUUUUUUAAAGUCGGCAGUCAUGUGAUAAUAGUCGAAUCGAUUUGGACUAGACACUGAUGAAGUUAUCAAUAAACAACAGGAGAAGGAAAGGCUUUGCAACCAGAAAAAAGUUAAUUUGCAGAACUUGAUGCAUACAGUAUGCUGCUGAAAGUAGACAGUUAACACAUAAAGAAACAGCAGGUUGCAAUAGCUGCAAUAAAGUAUGCAACCAUAACCGGUGUGCUACAACUCCCAUGUUAAGAAAGAAAAGUUACACUUGGUGAGGAAAAAAAAGAUCAGGUAAACAGUAUUUCCACCUGCUUGUCAUAAGCCCUUGGUAUACUUGCUUUUAACUACAUGUACACUAAUGCAUGAAAUCAGCCGCACGUUUCCUGUGGUGGUUUGGAGCGUUGGCUUUUAUACAUAUAUCCGCUAGGAGCAGUGUAGAGUUGUGAGGUGAUGAGACUGAAUGUGACAACAUCAGAGACACCAGAGAGCUGCUACAACAAUGGCUGAAAGUUUUAAAGAAAAGAUAAAAGAUCAAGUCCAAAACAAUCAAUGUUUGUUUAAAUGACACUCUGCAAAUCUGGAAAAAGUACUUCAGUGUUUUAUGUGGCCUGAUUUAUGUGGUGCUCCCUCUAGAGGAAUCCUCCAGUAACACACCUUCUACAUAGUCAAAAAUGUGAACAUUAACAUUUUAGACCCAGAUGGUUGUCUAAGCGUAUGCUCAAUUCAAAAGCAAAUAUAUUUGAGUUUAUAGUCUUGCUCAGUACCAGUUCUAGCUGUCUUCUAUUCUGGUUCGAGUGUAAAAAGACGAGAGCAUCACCGUGAGCUGGAUGAAGACUUGCCCGCUCACAUGAUAAGCGAUUAGUCGUCAUCACAUAUAAAGUGUCAUCAGCUGUAAAGUCGACAAGUCUGUGCAACCCCUAGUUCAGAGUAGCAAACGUAGAAAAAGGAUUUAUUUUAAAAUUAAAGUCAUUUUGUUCAUAUUAAAUUGAACUGAUGGAACUAACUGAACUUGAAUUUUAGUGAGCAGUCAACAGAAAGUAUUGUAUAAGUAAAUGUGCUGUAUGCAUAACUUAGUUUUUGCAUGCCUAAAUAUGUGUAUAUAUAAAUCCACUAAUGGUUAAAGUAUCAACAUUUUCUAAGAAUUUAGCAUUUUUAUGUGCAUUUAAGUAUGUGUGUUUGAUAUUUUGAAUAAAACUUUUGUUGGUCUCAAUUUAACUUUUUCGAUACAUGAUGUGUCCCAGAUGAGCUGCAGAAUAAAGCUCCUGCCAUGAUACAGUUUGUACGCAAUUAUUAUUUUUUUUUUUUAAUGGAGCACAAUAGUUUUUCUUUAUUGGGAAGAAUCCCCAAAUUGUUUGUGUUUUUUUUUCUAUAUUAAAGCUGCUGUGAGGAACUUUCAA